CUUGCUUUUGCCCCACACCUGUGAUCAGUCUCCAGCGUCAAGGGCUCCCUAAAUGCGCCUGUCCCUGUGGCCCCUGCCGUUCCUCUUACACCUCUGGGCGUCAUCCUGGGUCACCCUCACAGCUUCACCGAGUCCUCCUCAUCUCGUGAAGGUUCUGCUUCUAUCGCGACCAUAGGAUCAAGUUUCUGUCCUUAAUUCCUCACUGCAGGGACUAAAUCUCAACACAGGAAGCCCUGGGCCACACACAUCUCAUCCUGACCAAGUGAAUAGUGGAUUCAGCCUGGCGAUGAACGGGGGAAGCGCCCCCUGACGGUGUGAGAAGGUCUGGGUCCUCUGGGGAAGACCAAGGGGCUUGGACAGGGUGAAAGAGGGGUUUGUUUCCCCUGAACCCCGCUGGCUCAGUCCCCCACCUCCGUCUGAGCCGCUGGUAAGAAAAGCCCAUAGCCUAUUUGCGCGGUAGCCCCAGGCACCUGCCGGCUUUUACGGCCUUCUUCCCCGCACCCCGCCGGGGAAGCCGAGGGCGCGCGUGGUGCAGACUGCGCGGUGCGCACAGUGCGCGCAGCCUGGGGCGGCGCCCGCUCCCCGCAGCCUCGGUUCCCGCACGCACAAGGCCCGCGUGGGGACCCUGCGGCGGGCAGAGGUCGGGGCGCCACUGCGCGCCCGGACCGCCGGGGGGUGCUGCCGUGCCCGCCAGGUCCCCAGGCCGUGCUGCAAGAUGUCCCCGAGCAGCCUGGGUUGGCUGCUGUGCUGCUGCGCGCUGCUGUCGCCGGCCGCGGGCUACGUGCUCAUGAGCUCGGUGUCCUGGGCCGUCCCCAACGAGGUGGAUGAGGAGCUGGACAGCGCGUCCACGGAGGAGGCGCUGCCCGCGCUGCUGGAGGACCCGGCCGGCCUCUGGCAGCGCAGCUUCCCGGCCGCCGCAGCGCACGAGACCGGAGCCCCCCGCGCCCCACCGCGCCCCGCCGCGGCCCCCGGGAUGUUCUCCUACCGCCGCGAGCGCCGUCCCGCGCCCCCGGCCGCCCCCGCGGCCUUCGGCCCCGCGCCGCGCGCCCGCCUCGCCCGCUCGCUGGCUCACGCGAAUUCCUGGGGCUGCGUGGCCGCCGUGGCCGCGCGCGACAAGCUCCAGGGGCUGCCCUUUGGGAGCUGCCUGCUUGUCAGCGAUGGCCCCUUCAACAAUGGCACAGGGACACCUUUCUUCUACGUGACAGCCAGGGACCCCGUGGUGGCCGACCUGAUGAAGAACCCCAUGGCUUCACUGAUGCUGCCGGAGUCGGAAGGAGAGUUUUGCAGAAAAAACAUUGUCGAUCCAGAAGACCCUCGCUGCGCCCGGUUAACGCUCACCGGCCGAAUGAUCAUGGUGACGCCAGAAGAAGUCGAAUUUGCCAAGCAAGCCAUGUUUUCAAGGCACCCGGGGAUGCGGAAGUGGCCGCGGCAGUAUGAGUGGUUCUUUAUGAAGAUGGACAUAGAGCACAUCUGGCUUCAGAAAUGGUAUGGAGCCGUCUCCGAUGUCUCAAGGGAAGAGUAUUUCAAAGCCGUUCCCAGGAAGGCCUGAGCAAGUAAGAAGAAAGUCCUCAGUGUUUGCAGGAAAAUGAAAAUCUUUUAAUGAUGCUGGGGCAGCUCCUGCUGCAGUCUCUUUUUUGAAGGCUCCCUAGCUGCCCCGUCGUCCCUGCAGCAGAAUGAGCGAGAGAGGUGAACAGGGACCUCAUGCUAGACUCAGGUCAUCCGAGGGGUCCUCUGUGGACUCCUGUCCUUCAGAGACUCCAUCUGGCAGCCACCUAUGCUGCGUUUCAAUCCAGACUCACCUAUCCAGAAGUACCUGCGGGCUGUCCAAAUGGCACAUCAAGAAUGCUGUCAUUCCUUUCUUUAAAAAAAAAAGAAAGAAAAAGAAAUCAUGCCUGUCCUGCAGUGUGACUGCUUUGUCUCGUGAGAGCAUUUUCGUUGCUUGCUGUGCUGAAAGCAGGAUAUUGGAUCAAAGCUCACCAGGACCACCACAGAGAAGCUGACUGUGCAUCCCACAGCCACAAGUACUGUGUUUAAAGUGAGGCUAGAGGACUAUGGUGGAUGACUCGCCGUGGUUCUCUGUGGCAGGUGCUUUACUGAGUCACAGUUGCUAGAAUGCAUUGAUCACAUGCAGAGUUUUCCCCACUGCAACACAACAGACAGUGUAAAACCCCCGCAGCACUUCAUGCACAUCUGUGUUCUGCAUAUGCAGGCCACAAGAGGAUGCUGAAGAGAAUGCGGUUGGAAUUUGCACCAAGUUUCCGAGAUCCCCAGCUGCUCAGGUGUCUGAGACCCCCUCUCCCGCAUCCGGAGGGGUGGCAUCCAAAAUAAAAAUUCAUCCUUGCAUGGUGUGCAGAGAUGCAAGAAGGUGGAACCGGGGAAGUAAAGAUGAUUCAGGCGAUUCAGAAAAAGGAAGCGGUCAGUUCUGAGGCUCUGAUCCCUCCCCAGCCCUGGGCCAGGCUCUAACAGACACCACCUCAUUUAGCCCUCCAACCAGUAACGCGCUUGCCAUCCUCACCACUUACAGAUGAGGAGACCGAGGCCCCGAGAGGGCAAGUCAGCAUCCCCUGGUCAGCCCCAUCCAUGGUCUCGCUCUGCAGCUGACUGCACAGUGGAUGGGUGGUGCUGUCAAAGCUUCCGGUCAUAAAGACAGAAGAAUCGCUGAAAUGCACGGAGAGUCACCGAGCCAGAAAAAACAGUAAAGUGAUUGCAGCAGAGGAUGACUGACCACACAGGCACGAUUCAUCACUGUGCAGCAGGAGGGGGUCUGUGAGGUGGGACUCUUACUACAGAUUUUAAAUUUUUGGCAAAUUCUAUUCUGGAGUGCCUGGUGUUUGCAAGAAAAUAGAUUGCACUUGUGUACACACCCAAGGCCUGCGAGUACCUACGUGUGCGUAUCCACGACUUCCCAUAAUAAAUCCACAAAGAAUCGG